GGAAGGCUGGCAACCCUGAAUCGCGGUGUUCGCCAUUUUGGCCGACGCUCCUUCUUUCGCGACUGCCAAUCGACAUGUGCGCAUGCGUUUUUCGCUUCCUGGAAUUUUGUCUUCUAAUUUUGUUUAAUAAGAAACGAAAUGCCAAAGAGGAACUGGCGCCGGAGCAAGUGCUCGGUUCACCUGCCCAGGAGCAAGUUCGUCGAAAUACGUCCCAAAAUAUCCAGCACUAGCCCUGAAAAGGGCCCAUCUUUUUCUGAAACCGGCCCGCGGAUGACUCUAGAGACUCUUUGCCCGAACCCGAAUCCCAGUAGUGACAAUGUAAACGAGGCGUCAAAAGAAAUAUCGAUUUCCGGCGGAUGUCUGCACACUCUGAAGGAAAAUACCUCGGCCAAUAAGGUAAAUGAGGCUGUGAAGAGUCCAAUUGUGACCCAAGGAACACAUGUUGGCCGUCUCCUAUCCGUUAGGGAGAGUUCGGCUGGGGUUUCGGAGUGGGAUGAACGGCUACUGCCCUCCAGCCUGGUUCGCAACAAGGAGAAUAAGGAUCACCGCAAAAAGAAGGUUUCUCUCAUGACCGGGGCUACCCAAAAGCAAACCCUUGGCGGGGAGGGCCAGGGCUGGAAGGGCUUUUCCAAUGAUGUGUCCCUCUACAAGAAUCUAAAUGGUCCUCUGAAGCCUGGUAAGACUUCUAUGGUCAAAAUAAGCAAUGACGAUGAUUUGGCUGAGCGGAAACAGGGAGCUAUUAAAAAGGAGACUCAGAAGCCGACUGGCAAUCCACUAAAAAGGAGUCACUCCACCACUAAUCAGCCUAUCAGCGCUAAUCCCCGUCAGGCAGCAAGUGCCACUUUCCUGGACAGUCGGGAUGCUAUGAUAAGGGAGAAGCUAAGUGAUCCUAUGUGGUGCAACUUGAACUCAGAGGACUUUGUUUUCCAACAAACCCUGGAUAACAAUAUUUUGGUGAAGACAGUGAUGCCCAAGUUUCUAACCAAACUGCAUCCGUCAACCAGUGAGGGUCUACCGCCAAAGGAUGCGGAGACCAGUCAUAAAGAGUUUGUCUUCCCUGAAAACCAGAAAAAGGUGGCUAUGGAGACUCUGAUGCCCGAGUUGGCUAAGCCUACUCCCUCAGCUAAGAAUACUGACCUUUUGGCUAAAGACUUGCUUAUCACUAUGAGGGACGACGAGGAGUUGCCCAAUCGUGUCUCCAGUAGGGAAAAGCUUAUUCAAGAUCCCAUGUGGAGCUCCACCUUCAUUCGUCCGCCAGGAAGUAAGAAGAAGGCCACUGGAGACAAAAAGGCAAAGAAGGAGAGCGUUUGGCGUAAGGACAACAUGUGCGAGGUGUCCAUGCGGGACAUCAUGGACCCAGAGGUUCCGCCGAGCAGCAUUGAGAGAUUGCGUAGCGUCGAGGCGAUCUGCAUGCGCCUGAGGGGCAUCGACGUUCCGGGAAACUUGGGAAUCCUGCAGCAGGCGCCCACAUACGAAGAACUCUUUGAUGUCCUGAAUAUUUAAGAUUUCGAGAAUUUGAUUCGAAGGCCUAGUCGGUAGAGGUAAAAGUGUAACUAGCUUUCCUCCUGAGUGGAAAUCAUAGAUGAAGUAUAUUUCCUUUAAGUUUAUCCCUAAGAAACCCCUGUGUUAUUGAAAAAACCACAGAUAUAUAUUUUUGUAAUACAGCGUAAGACAUGCUGUCAUCUGAAGUAUUGAAGAUUUAUUUUAAAUUUAUUUUACGGAAUUCA